AUGGAGCACAAAACGGGCUUGAACGCUUUUCCGAGGCUCUGGUUCAAGCUAGUGUCCCUGAGUAUCAGUUUCGGCCCUUUGUGGCACCUGAUGAACGUGCAGGGCGUGGAAGCGGCACAAGCAGGUGCUCAUGUUCACGUUGAACACAAAACAACAUCGCAACGCUUUCCGAAACCAAAUGACCCGUUCAACUUCAUUCCUUGCCCCAAUGCCAUAGAGACGCUGAAUUUUCCUCUUCUGAAUGAUACAGAUCACCGAGGCACAUGGAGUCAUUUGUUUAAUCCCAACCCCGAUACGUGGGCUUGGGGGGGAUCGGGUCUUAAUUCCUCAGCCUCGCCGUCUACCAAGAGAAAAGGUCUCUUCUUUUGCGGUUAUUUGGACGUUCCCGUGGACUACCACAAUAAGUCCGAUCCUCGAAUCACUCGGUUGGCCGUUGCCAAAUACCAAGUCUCCGGCGUCGGCAAGAAAAGCCAGAGAACUAUUGUGCUGAACCCCGGCGGCCCAGGAGGAAGCGGCGUUUCGUUUGUUCUCAAAUCCGCAGAGAACUUGGCCGCAGCAUUGACGAAUGGCACAUUCGACGUGCUCAGCUGGGACCCUCGCGGUGUCGGCUCCUCACAGCCCCAGGUGACAUGCUUCCCAUACGCCGGUCUCGAAGACCGUUGGUCCCUGGUGUUGGGCAAGGAUCUCAAAGAGUCGGCAUGUGCUCGACAACAGCUGGAGACGGUCAAUGCCAUAAACGACGCCACGUUUCGCUCGUGCCGGGAGAGGCUUGGUGACUUCCCUCGAUUUACUUCCACGGCAGCCGUUGCCCGCGACGUGGAGUCUAUCCGAAUUGCUUUAAACGAAACGCAACUAACGGGAUACUUUGCCAGCUAUGGAACCACAUUGGCUCAGAUAUACGCUAAUAUGUUCCCGGAUAGUGUAGGGCGCAUGAUCUUGGACGGAAUGGACUAUGCCAGAGAUCACCGAGCCGUGGGAGGCUACGGACGAACAGCAUUAUACAACACAACUGAUGUCUGGAACGACGGCUUCCUGGGUGAAUGCGUUGCAGCUGGCCCUCAACGCUGCGCCUUAGCUAAGCCUGUCAAUGGCUCUCAUGUGACGUUAGACUCGUUGAAGGAGAGGAUGGAGAAGCUUCUCCAAGGACUGGCAGAGCGUCCCAUACCAACAUACAGCAAAAAGAGCGGGCCAUUGAUCAUCACAUACAGCGACGUGGUUUCCUUGAUUUCAGCAACGUUGUAUGCGCCGUCAAGUUGGCCCAGCGCAGCCAAGGUACUCCAGGAGCUGGAAGCGGGCAGGUUGGCAUCGACGACUGCCCUGGUAGCCAAGUCCUGGAGUUACCAGCCGCCGGACCUGAAUCUCGAAGCUGACUCGGGGUCAGAACUGCUCCUCAUGGUGGUUUGCGGCGACGUGAGCGACACCAGCCAGCCCGAAGGUCUCGAUUUCUGGGAGAAUCUCUGGCGAGAAAUGGUGAAGAAGAGUUUCCUCAGCGGCCACGCCAACUUUGCAUCCGUGUUUCCCUGCCGAAACUACAAAAAGUACUGGCCAAAGGGGGCCGAGGUGUAUCGCGGCGACUUCGGCCAGCCCCUGAGGAACCCCCUCCUGCUGACGUCCAUGACGCACGACCCGGUCACGCCGCUUGUAAAUGGCCGAAAGCUCCUCCGCGAAAUGGGUACGAAGAACGCCAGGUUAAUUGUUCAGCAUGGGUACGGCCACGGUUCGUGGGCACAUGUGUCGAAUUGCACGGAUCGCCUUUUCCGCGCUUACCUUUUGAAUGGCACUAUCCCUGACAAGGCGGAAACCCAUUGCUAUGCUGAUGUGAAACCGUAUCGGCCCGUCACCAAGGCGGGCAGUAGGCCGGGCUUGGCCGAUCUUGAAGCUGCUUACCAGGCCGCCAUUCCCCGAUUCUAA